AUGGCCAAAGCGCAAGCCACGUCUGGUAGUUAUUUGCUUAGCGAUGUGAACCAGAGCGGUAAACAGGCUCAGGAAUGUGAACAGGCCAUCAAUCAACUGAUUCAGGCCUAUCAGUCCGCCUCACACACCUACGAUCAUCUGGUUGCCGCAUGUGCAACCGAGGAAAUGAACAUGCCCGGAUUCUGCAAAUUCUUCCGCCUCUGCAGUCUCCGAACACGCCGUAUUGCCGAGCACUGGACCAAUUGGCAAACCAUGCGCGGUGGCAAACUAUACGUGGCCGAGGUGAAACCGCUCACACAAAUCAACGACAUCUGGCAACAGGGUAUUGAAAAGUUGCUCCACAUUGCCACCGAAUUGGAGAAGAAAAUGGAACAAAUGGUGCGUCAAUUGCAUCAGAUCGCUCGUUCCAAAGAAGAUGUGGCCACUGCCGAGAUCAUUGAACAGAAAUGUCUUCAACAUCAAUACUAUGUGAUUCGAAUGAUGGUGAAUCAUGAGAAUGGAUUGAAAUUGAGCCAAAACGCUUAUCUGUACGACUGCACAACUAUGAAGCCAUUGGUGAAAAGGAUGCACAAAUUUAUGGUUUGGCACAAUGAGCAGAUGUCGUGUUCCGUCAGCUCGGACAGUGAGAAAACUCACGGUACAACGAGCCGACACACGACGUCCUCGUUCGAAGAAUGCCCGGGCGUUCGUGCGUUCAUGUCUUCCAUUUGGCACUGA